CGCACCCCUAGGCAGAGCCCGCGUGCAGGGCCGGGGCGGCGGCUGCCGCUGCCUGCGAGGCUGUGCGCGGGCGGGGGCGCCGGAGCAGCGCCCGGGAUGUCGCAAGGGCUCCCGGCGGCUGGCGGCGUUAGCGUCCUGCAGAGAGGCGUCGCGGCGCCCGGAAACCCGCCGCAGCCGCAGAGCCCUGAAGAUGAUGACAGAAAGGUCCGCAGGAGAGAGAAGAAUCGAGUUGCUGCUCAGAGGAGUCGGAAGAAGCAGACCCAAAAGGCUGACAAGCUCCACGAGGAGUAUGAGUCCCUGGAGCAGGAGAACGCUAUGCUGCGCAGGGAGAUCGCCAAGCUGAACGAGGAGCUGCAGCAGCUGAGCCUGGCACUGAAGGAGCACGAGAAGAUGUGCCCGCUGCUGCUCUGCCCCGUGAACUUUGUGCCAGGGCUGCGGCCUGACCCGGUGGCCAGCUGCCUGCCGCGAUGAUCCCAGAGGACUCCUCUCUCUAUCUUCACAGUGAGCCAGGGUCCGGCAUCUCAGGGCAGGCGCCUGGGCCCUGCCACCUCCUUCCGGGAGCUCGGGCCUGUGCAGCCCGACUCAACACUGGUAUCAGUGCUGGAAGCACACCUACCCUCAGGGACCUGGGCUGUGGAGCCAGCAGGCAGCUGCAACCUCAGAAGUCACAUCUGUCUGCUAGUUUGGCAACCAGCAGAUCCUGCGGUUCUGCAGGAUCUUGUCCUACAGGUUUUGGGUAAUAAAA